CGACGCUGUCGCGGGGCGGUGCCGGUGUUCCCGCCGGCAGUGACGCAGCCGUGGUUCCGGCCCCGCCUCCCUUUCCCUCAGCAGCGAGGCCGCGGGUGAGACAGUGCCAAGAUGCAGAUCUUCGUGAAAACCCUCACGGGCAAAACCAUCACCCUCGAGGUGGAGCCCAAUGACACCAUCGAGAACGUGAAGGCCAAGAUCCAGGACAAGGAAGGGAUCCCCCCCGACCAGCAGCGCCUGAUCUUCGCGGGGAAGCAGCUGGAGGAUGGCCGCACCCUCGCAGACUACAACAUCCAGAAAGAGUCCACCCUGCACCUGGUGCUGCGCCUGCGAGGGGGAAUCAUCGAGCCCUCCCUGCGCCAGCUGGCCCAGAAGUACAACUGUGACAAGAUGAUCUGCCGCAAGUGCUACGCCCGCCUGCACCCCCGCGCCGUCAACUGCCGCAAGAAGAAGUGCGGGCACACUAACAACCUGCGCCCCAAGAAGAAGGUCAAGUAGAGCCCCCAGCAUGCCUGCGCUGGCUAAUAAAGUAUUGCAACGCUCA